AUGAAAAAUCUCGCUUAUUUAAAGAUCCCGUUCACCUCGAAGAAGAUCUACUUUUCACCGAAAGCUAAAGCCAAAUUGGCAACGCAAAUCCCUUUCAAAUCGCCGAAGAUUCAAACAAUCACCGAGCUCGCCAAUCAGAAGAAAACUCAAGAGAAUGACUAUGGAGAGUUUGCAAAAGUUGAAAGCAGCCGAUCAAUCGAUUCCCUCAAUGAAACCCUGCUCACUCGAAUCUUUUCUUAUUUGCCCACCGAUGAUGUUGAUAAGUUGAUGAUGGUGAACAAGAAGUUUCAUAAAAUAAUUCGAAGAAAAUCUUUCGAUCUUCCCAAACACUACGUGAAAGAAGUCGAGUUGACGCGCUCAUCCGGUGGACUGAUUCGCUUUCGCAUGGUCAAACGCAACAUGAAAACCCAUCACAUUUACACAAAUAUCUCCGGUCUGAGGCGCUACUUUGCUCGGGUUAACAUCGAAACACUGAUCUUUUACGGGAAAUUAUGCGAUGUUUUACUAAAUGUCCUCUCGAGAGUUCAAAUCAAUCGAUUCCUCGCGAAAGAAGCCGGGAUUUCAGUCAGUUACGCAGGAUUGUCGAAUUUCCUCUCCACUUCAAAUGUUCGCUAUUUGAAUCUCUCCGGUUGUACAUUCGAGGAUUUUCACUCGAUUUGCAAUCAGCUCUUCAUCGAGAAUCCCCAAUUGGAGUGUGUGAAGAUUUGCUCGACUCAUGACCGACUUUCAUUUCCAUUUUUGACUGAUCGCGUCUUUUUUGAGCUCUCAAAAAUGGGUACUCUUCCAUCGCAGCUGAUCCUCGAAAAUGUCGACACGGGGAUUUCCGUUCGCGGGGUGCAAAUCCUCAUCAAUCAUUUUCGAGCCAAUCACCCUCAUCGACCAGUCUCCUAUUUGUUGGGGAGAAUCGCGACGAAUCGAAUCGAUUCUGUGGCGAAACUCUCGUCAAUCAACGAUGUCACAUUGUUUCAAAUUCAACGCUGCAAAUUGGGCAUUCACGCGACUUUUGGUGCGGACAUUUCGAUCAUUUUUUCCACGAGUUUACCUCGACGACGAAUCGAUUUCGAAACGAAUUUGGAAAAGAAAAUGGAAGAGCUUGAAAUAUUUGUG